CCACCACAACAUAAUGCAUGUUGUGAAGAUUACUAUACCAAGAUUUCCCUGGCAUUUUAACUACCGACCAUAAUGUGUUUGUAUCUCUAAUUUUAUGCAAUUUUAGUGUGCAAAUAAGUGGAGAGAAAGACCAUAAUGAAAAGCCUGUAGUUCUUUAACCGAACGAAGUGCUCACACACACACGCACAGAAGAAGAGAGCAAAAUUCAGCUAACUAGUUGUGUUUUCGGUGUAAUUUUUGUUGAAAAAUAAGCUCUAUUGAAAGAAACAAAAAAUCUGGACUUCACCAGUUUCUUAACCCUGCUCACAGCCCUGCUCCACAGCUCUUUCUUUAAAUGCAUAGUUUGCACCUCCAUCUCUUGGUUUCUCACCUCUGCCACUUUUAUCUGCAGAGUUACUCAGCUCUUCCGUAGUCAUGCCUGUCUGAGCUGGAAGGUGGAGUAACUUUGAGUCGGGUAGCAAUCUUUAGACUGGUUGGCAACAGCACAUCAAAAAAGUUCCCCGCUAAAAUCAAAUCAGCCUUUUUACACUUAAUUAAUUAGUAGCAAAAUCCUCUGAUUGAAACUCCAUAUUUGCCACCACCACAAAAGAAAAACUGCCAACCAGACAAGCAGAGUUACGAGCAACAAUGAUAUAAACUUACCUAACGCAACGGCAAGAGAAAGAAUGGACGGGCCCCCAAUUCAUGUUACGUCCCCGGUCUAGGGGCAAACCUAGACAUAACAUAAAAGGUGUCUCCCCACUCUUCCCACUCCCAGACAAGGGCAGUCCUUGGAGUGUUUCUUCACAGUGGAAAGCUGAGGAGGUGUAUGGAAAUUCUGCCCUGAUGCUUUGUGGGAGGAUUCAUUUUGGAUGGAAAGGCUGAGAUCAUACACAUUUCAGCUCCACAAUAAACAGUAUUUAUAUCAGAUGUAGUGCUAAGAGUCGAUCACAGCAAAGAAGAACAUUGUCAUCAUCUUUUGGCCGACAUCAUCAUGAAGACUCUCUACUUCACUCUGGGGCUGCUGCUGCUCACCGCCUGCUGCUGCAACGCCAUGCCACAUGGAGUGAAUGAAAUAGCACCCGUACGGUGCUGCUUCAAAUUCUACACAGGAGGGAUCCGGCAGGCAGAAAUUAUCAACAUCAUCAAGACUCACAGCAGCUGUCGUGAAAAGGGAUUUGUGGUCAGUACUGCCAAAGGGCACGAGAUCUGCGUCAGCCUGAAUCUGAAAUGGGCACAGAGAGCUUUCAAUCAACAGCAACCCAUCAAGAACUAAUGAUUGUCCCCAGCAUAAAUGAUCAAACAUCCAAUUUUUAUUUUACAUUUUAUUUUAAAAGGAAAAAUAAAUAUGUACAAUCAUAUUAUAUAACUGUUGUAUAUAAUGCUGUAUAAACUGAGAACUUUCCCAGAUUGAUGACAUAUUGAAAUGCUUCUGACAGUGUCCGAGUCUAAAUUGCAGUGGGUACAGGAAGUGUGUAACUUUUCAUAUCUUAUAAAGAAGGGGACCUGCAGUGUCAAAUGGAACUUUUUAUUAUCAGUGACUCAAUCCUGCAGUUAUCUUUCUCAUGUCUAAAUUAAAUGGCAGACAUGUCAUUAUUUAGAAGAGGUCACAAAACACCCAGUCAGUCAAUUAGGGCCUAGUAACUGGUCACAGUGGGGCCACAACAAAAACGUUACUACAUUUAUUUCAUGUGAUUUCUUUACAUAAAAAUGUUAGUAAAUACAUUUGCAAAUACAUAAUUAAUCUACCUAUUACUUUGUAAUACAAUCAUCAGUACUAGAGGGUACACACUACAAUCAAAUGUCCAUAACUACUCAGUCUACAAAUACAAAACAGAACCAAAAGCUUCCUCACUAUACAACACUAACUAACACUAGCUGUGUCAGUCAGAAUAUCUGUUAAAUCUGUUUUUAAAGGUAAUCAUAUUCAGAGAUUUCCUGAUACAUGAGCUGCCUUAUCGCGGGUCACUUGUCCAGUUUUGUAAUAGUGCUAAUUCCUAGUAACGUUUUUUUC